GUAUUCAGUAGCUGCAGAACGAUCUUGUUGGCAGCAUUUCAUUUAAAGUCAAAUCAGUCAAUUCGAACUCAAGAUACAACCUAGACGCGUACCACACACACCUUAAUCGCGUGUUUAGUUUAAAAGUCAUUAAAUUCUAGUUUGUUAUUAAUUUUGAAACACAACUUAAAAUCACACAAACAAUAAAAUAAAUUCUUUGUAAUGCAGAUCAAUAGAAAUUGUUUAUAAUUAUUCUCUUCAAAAUUUUUAAAAAUUCAAAAUGAAAACCUUUAAAACUGGAAAUGCUUUUAAUAUGCAUCUAGCGUUCUAUGCGUGUCUAUUUUUAAAUCUUCUAGUGAGUGCACUGACUUAUACCAUUCCUGAUCCUAAAGUGCAAAUUCUUAGUCCUAAAGGAUUGCGAAUAUCAAUUCCGCAUGAAAAUGGAAUCGUUUUGGUGGGCUAUCACAUAAACAUUAACAAGCCCAUCGCCUUACUGCAGCCUGGAGAUUAUAUUGGCGAUAUAACAAACCCCUCCAAUGGACAAUGGGUUUUUGAAAUAAGAAAUGCCUUCAUUGAUCCUGGAGAUAAAAUUAAUUUCUGGGUCCAUGUUCAAUACGGAAGCUAUGCAUUCCGAAAGUUAGGUUCUGAAAUUGCAUCGGGCGAUGCUGUUAAUAUUUCCGAACCAUCUUCAGAUUCCGAAGACCCGCCACCAAUUCUAACACCAACAAGUAGCUCAGAAACAUACACCCGCCCGACAUCACCCACCACCACCGAUGACGAAUUCACUUGUGAACCCUCGAGAACAACAGUUGAUCGAAAAAUCGUCUGCAAAGGUCAACUUAUCUUCGAAGACAACUUCAACACUCUGAAUUGGACGAAAUGGAAGCGAGAAGUUCGAAUACCGCUCUAUGCGAAUGAUGCUGAAUUUGUUUCCUUUCAAAAACGGGAUGAGAAUUGUUAUGUCAGCGAUGGACAGUUACACAUUGUACCCAAUUUAUUGUCUGAAGUUCCUGGGUUUACUGAGUCUAGUAUAAGAACUGGAGAAUUGGAUCUUGGAUCUGAUUGCACAGGAAUUGUCGAUAUCUCUCAGGAAUGCACAAGGCACGCACAGUUUUCACAAAUUCUUCCACCAGUGGUGUCGGCAAGAAUUCGAACAAAGGACUUUUUCAGUUUUCGUUAUGGCAAGGUUGAGGUACGGGCAAAAUUGCCUCGAGGAGAUUGGCUAUUUCCAUUGAUUUUGUUGGAACCUAUAGAAAAUUAUUACGGAUUCACAGAAUACGCCUCGGGACAGAUGAGGGUGGCGUUUAUUCGUGGCAAUGAAUUUCUGAACGAUCGCGAUGAUAAUGAAAUUUCAGGAUAUCGCAUUGCUGGAGGAGUUGUUUUGGCAACAAGGGAAGCACUUCGUGAUGUAUGGUUAAAGGGAAGUUUACGAAGAACGCACUUGGGAAAUGACUUUCACACUUAUACACUCACUUGGACGGAUAAUUUGAUAUCACUCGAAAUUGAUGGUAAUGAAUAUGCUAUAAUUCGGGGUGGGUUCUCGAGACUUUAUACAACACAAAAUCUAAAACAUGCCAAGCUAUGGGAUAAUGGCAAUGCUAUGGCUCCGUUUGACAGAGAGUUUUUCCUAACUCUAGGCGUUUCAGCUGGAGGACAUUCUGAUUUCCCUGACGGUGUCUUGAAUGGAUUUGCGCGACUUGAGAAACCAUGGAAAAAUGAACACCCAAAGGCGGAAUUACAGUUCUGGAAUGAUCGAGAGAAUUGGUUAAAGACUUGGAAUGGAGAGAAUGCUGGACUUCACGUAGACUAUAUAAGAGUCUACGCACUUUAAAAUUUAACUAAAACAUAGACUGAAUAAAAUUUAGAAGAUUUAAGUAAGAAAAUAUUGCAUGUUUUGUGUUA